UAAAUAGGUGCUGAAAGACUCGUUAGGUCGAAAAAAAAAGAGGCAUGUCGCUCCCCUUUCAAGGCCGUGUCGCGAUCGUCACCGGCGCCACCCGCGGCAUUGGCCGCGCCACCGCCCUCCAACUGGCCUCCCUAGGGGCCUCCAUCACCCUAGUCUUCUAUUCCAGGUCUGUUGAAGCCGAGCGCCUUGCUGCAGAAAUCAAUUCUUCUUCCUCAGCCUCCAUCCCCCGCGCCAUCACCAUCCGCGCUGAUGUUUCCGAUCCUAUCGCUGUCCGCUCAGUCUUCGAUCUCACCGAAAAAACCUUCAAAUCCCCCCCACACAUCGUCGUGCACUCCGCUGCCAUCUUCGAUCGCAAAUACCAGUCCAUGUCCUCCAUCCCUCAAGCUAUAUUCGACUCAAUCAUGUCAGUCAAUGCACAAGGCGCCUUCCACGUGUUUCAAGAAGCAGCCAAUCGAGUGGUACCGGGUGGCGGCGGAAGGAUCAUAGCGCUCUCAUAUCUGCCGAGGCACGGGGUUUACGCUUGUUCAAAGGCGGUGGUAGAGGCGAUGGUUGAGUCUCUAGCGAAUGUACUUAAGAUAAAGAGAAUCACAAUCAACUGUGUUGCAGCGGGGCCAGCAGCGACUGAUAUGUUUUUUGCAGGAAAGACGGAGGAGGAUGCGAAGGUAGCGGCCGAAAAUAAUCCUAUGGAGAGGCUUGGUGUGUUGGAAGAUAUUGCGUCGUUCAUAUAUUUUCUUUGUUCUGAUGCGGGGGAGAUGGUUAGUGGACGAGUCAUUAGAGCUAACGGUGGAAUGAUUUGAGCAUACGGAGCCAUGAACAAGAUGAGGGGGUACAUUUGUCCCUUGUUGGAAAUCAAUAUUAUGGACUGUUUGGUUGUCUAUUUUAUCUUACGUAAAACUUGAAAAACCUUUUGAUUCUAUUAGCAUAUAUAUGAUUUAUGAUAUAUUGGAUAA